AUGACGAGUCGAGGAGGACAACGCAACGCGCGAGUAACUCCGGACAGCAAAGCAGCAUCCACGGCGCAAGCAGUGGGUGUGACAAUCGCCAAGGAAAAUCAUCCACCCGCCCAGCUGCGCAAUUCUGGCACGAAUCUGCAGUACGUGAGCACGCCAAAGCACGGAGUUGCCGACGCCAAGGCACUUGCCGGCGGCCAUACCGGCAAAAUCAAGGUUCGGGACGGCAUCGUAGUGUUGCGAAACUUCCUCGACGUCGAGACGCAGCGAUGGCUGGCCGAGAUCUGUUUCUCGAUGGGCGACGAAGCUAGUGGGGCGCAGACCGGCACCACUGGGUUCUAUCAGCUCAAGAAAUCGGACAAAGGGAACGGGAUGUUCAAGCUCAACAUGGGCACGCGUGGGCGCAUGAUAGAUUCCACGUCCUCCUUUCCUCCGCGGUUUGCCGAGCUCUGUGUGCAGUGUCUGCGAGCAGCGCAGGAAGUGGACGACACCAUGCCCGACAUGGAGCCCAAUACCAACCUGAUCAACUUCUACAAGCCCGACGCAAACUUCAAAUGGCACAAGGACAGCGAGAAUCCGCAGCUCGUGAAGGUCGGCAAGGGCAAGCCGGUAGUAUCGUUCUCUAUCGGCCUCUCCUGCGACUUUGGCUACAAAGAUCACUACGAGAGUGAGGAGCACGAGACCGUGCGGUUGGACUCGGGGGACGUCUUCAUAUUCGGUGGUCGCUCGAGGAUGAUUGUGCACUCAGUGCUGCGAGUCAUUCCACACACCAUGCCCGGGUACAUGCGAAAACACAUGCGCGAGGGAAGACUGAACAUCACUUUCAGGGAAGUGGACGGCUACCUGGACCCCACGCAGUUCCCGCGCUACCGAGUCACCUAUGAUAUAGAGGACACGGGCAACGGUUGA